AUGCUCCUACCGCUGCUGCCCGUGCUCGGCCUCGCACGCACCUCCGCGCCCGCGGCGCUGUCCGCCGCCAUCGACGCCGCGUGCGCGCUGCCAGAGGGGCUGCUCGCGGAGGCGUGCCUCUCCCAGGGUGCGCCGGGCGGGCCCGUCGGUCCGAUCGCCACGCUCCGCACGCUCGAGUGGUGGCAGCUGCCGGCGGUGCUGCUCGCCACCGCCGGCGGCGCUGUGCUGCUGGUGGCGGUCGUGGAUGUGGGCCUGCUUGGCGGCGCUCUGCUGCGGACGCUGUCGCGGGCGGUGAGCCCCGAGGCGGAGGCUCGCUUCGCGCGCCACGAGGCGGGCCACUUCCUCACCGCCCUUCUGCUCGGGUGUGCGGUGGAGGCGGUCGAGGCGUCGCCCAUGUCUGCGCUCGCCAACCGGCGGCUGCGCGGCUCUCCCGGGGAGGAGCUGCGGCUGGCGCCGGCGGCGCACGCGCGCUGGGCGGCCGCCAACGCAGCGCUGCUGCUGCGCGCGCACGCGCCCGCUCUCGCCGCGCUCGAGGAGAGGCUACGCGCCGGCGCGACGGUGGGCGAGUGCGCAGUCAGCCUGUCGGAGCACAUCCCCCCGCCGCCUUGCGCCGAUCCGAGCGAGCAGGCGUGGCCGCGCAGCGCUGCCGCGUUCCCCGAGAGGAGGUAG